AUGGCAGAUAUACGACUUCAAAUCCUAUCGGAUCUCCAUCUGGAGUCUCCGGUUGCCUAUGAUAUUUUUAACAUCAAUCCCAAGGCACCAUUUUUGGCAUUGCUAGGCGACAUUGGCUACGUUAUGGAUGAAGGGUUUUUCCACUUCCUUCGCAAGCAGCUGGCGAUCUUCCAUGUUGUCUUUCUGGUUCUAGGAAAUCAUGAAGCCUACCAUAGCAGUUGGACUGAGACAAAGUCUAAAGUGAAACGGUUCAAACAUGACAUAGAUGAGUCUUCUCGGAGAGGUGAGGCGCUUGGAAAACUUGUUCUGCUCGACCAAACACGCUACGAUAUCUCACCAACACUCACCAUUCUUGGCUGCACAUUAUUCUCAUGUGUCACGCAAGAACAAAUGGAGGGCGUUAGUUUUGGUCUGAACGAUUUUUACAGAAUUCGCGAUUGGUCAAUUGAAGCCCAUCAAGAAGCACAUCUUGCAGAUCUUUCCUGGUUGAACAGGGAAAUUGACUUGAUCUCGCGCUUUGAGCCUGAUCGGAAAGUAAUCAUCUUGACUCAUUAUUGUCCUUCAAUGCAGGAAGAGGUCGUCGACCCCAAACAUAGGAACAGCAAGCUUUCCUCUGGGUUCAUGACCGAUCUAUCAGAUGAGCAAUGCUGGCAACGUGACAUUGUCACACUUUGGGCUUUUGGACACACCCAUUUCAACUGUGAUUUUCGAGACUUAACAACUGGGAAAAGAAUAAUAUCAAACCAGAGAGGUUACUACUUCUCACAGUCUACGGGGUUCAAUGCGGAGAAGAUCGUCGAACUCUAAGAUACCUAAAAGCGGCUCUUUCAUUCUUUAGGCAAAAUCAACCUGACGGGAGUUUGGAGGGAAAGCGGACAGUUGAGCUGAGAUAAUCUGAGUCGUGUCGGUCAAUCUUGCUUGACUUGGAGGAGCCGCCGCUUUAUAGAGUCACGGCGGAGGUCCUCCAAAAUUGGAUACAUCGUUGGAUCGCCCAGCUUUAGGGCAUGAUAAAACUGUCUAUACGCCUCUCUCAGAUCUCCUUCGUUAAGAAUAUCCGUUCCAUCAACAAACUCUAGCAUAUAUGUCAA